AUGAUGGAUAAUUCCAUUAAGAUGAAACUUUCAAUAAUCAUUGGAGUCGUCCACAUGAUAUUUGGAGUAGUGCUAAGUCUUGUUAAUUUUUGCUACUUUAAACGAUGUUAUUCUAUAUUGUUACAAUUCAUUCCGGAAGUGGUAUUUUAUCAUUUUAUUCUUUUGGCUUGUAAUUAUGAUUUUCUACAAAUGGUUUCUUUUAUUCUGCGAAAUCAACUGAUCAAGAGUACGGCACAUCUUGUGCCCCUCAAAUAUUGA